GUGGUGGCACCUGGGAGAGAGGCUUUUUUGCUUCGUCCCACUUCUCACGCCUUUUCCUGGAAGAGCCAAUAGGAGCUAGAGUUUGCGUUAACGUCAUUCUUCCUAGCAACUGCUAGCUUAUUCUGUACAGUACCAGGCUCUCCCUUUCCUCUAGCCUCUGGUGGCUCAUCCUGGAAUAGUGAAAACCCUACUUUGCGCGUCUCUCUGACCGUGGGUGGCCCGCGCAAUUGGAACUUUUUCUCGACAUGCAGCCCGCAAGCCCAGCUGCAUCCAUAGUCCUUACCCUAGCUACCUGCAUUUUUGCUGUCUACCCCAUAGCCGUUCAGGGGCAGGGUUCCCCGGUGCGCGUUGGGGCUGACUGUGAAGUAUGUAAAGAAUUUCUGGAAAGAUUCUACAGAUCCUUAAUAGCCAAAGGUGUUGACUUUUCCCAGGAAAUCAUAGAAAAUGAAUUAAUCAGCAUUUGUUUAGAUGCCAAAGGAAAAGAAAAUCGUCUGUGCUAUUAUCUUGGAGCAACAAAUGAUGCAGCCACAAAGAUCCUAAGUGAAGUCACUCGUCCAAUGAGUGCCCAUGUACCAGCAGUAAAGAUUUGUGAGAAGUUGAAGAAGAUAGACAAUCAGAUCUGCGAGCUUAAAUAUGAAAAGAAGUUGGAUUUAGAAUCAGUGGAUCUGUCGAAGAUGAGAGUAGCAGAGCUGAAAAAGAUUCUGAGCAGUUGGGGAGAAGAGUGCAAAGCAUGCAUAGAAAAAACAGACUUAGUAGAUCUCAUUAAAAAGUUGGCACCCAAGUACACUUCUGCGAAUCCAAGAUCAGAACUUUGAUCGAAGUUUCAACAAAGUGGCUACAUUAGCACAUCAUCAAGAAAAUUACCUUUCUGGCCUUAAAGAAUGUAAGCAGGCAGUGUAUGACAAAGGCAUCAUAUUGGUUUGUCCUGUUCUCAAAAUACGUUACUUGUCUUUAUGAGUAAUUCUACUGUAUUAUAUUUACUGUGAAUACAAAUGUCACGUUCCUUCCAAAGAUAGCAAAGUGUUUGACUUAUUUUCCCCCUCUCACAACUUUUUUUUUUAAGCCUUACCUUCUGUCCCCGAAUCAAUGCUAUGUAUCAGUUCAUCACAAGACAGUUUUAUAGUCAAGAAUUUCACAAAUACCAAGUGUCCUUACAUUUAAAAUCCAAACAUAUAUAUGUUUGGCUAUAUUUCAUCUCCAAAGUAGCAGAUUUGGAGGAGCUGCUAUAAAAUUGUUUUCUCCAGCUAAUUUUGUUACAUUUCUUAAUCUGUUUGUCAAAUCAAAGAGGCCUACAACAGUGAAAGGAAAAUAAAUGUCUAGGUUGGAUACAGUAACAAGAUUGGGGAAAAUGAAUCAAUAUUUGUCUUAUUCACAGAACCGUAUAUCCCUUGUUUGUUCUUCAUGGUCACUACUUACGAUAUAUUUUUAAAAUCCACAGCAUAUGUGUCUUGGUAAUUCAAUGAUUUCAAAAUACAAAUGAUGUUCACCUCAAAUCCUGUGUACAUUUUUUUUUAUAAAUACUUCCCAUUCAUUCCCAUUUUCAAUAACAGGAAUAUCAGUAGCCAUGACAAUACAUUGAAAUACCAUUCAAAAAACUAUUUAGGGUACUAAGGAGCAACAUGAAGAAUUUUUAAAAGUUCAGUUGACAAGAGGCCUGCAUUUGCUGCUUGUGUUUUGAAACUGAUUUUGAACCAUAGCCGCAAGAACUCCUACUAUCAAAAUUAUAUUUAAGAUGGUGUGAAAGUGAAGUCCUCUUUCAAUAUGUAAGGUUAAUAACUUUCAAAAACAUUCUUGGCACCUGCCUUAAAUGCUUGCAGGACAAUAAUAUUGUGCAGAUCUUUAAAUUAUUAGUGAGAAACUUGAAUGAUCAGUUUUAAACUUAAAUUGAGAUCUAGUUUGAGAAUUCUCCAGGUGUCAUAUCUGGGAUCUAUGAUUUUACUUGAUUAGUCUGUCUGUGCGUAGACCUAAUAGUAAGGAGACCUGGGUUCUACACCUAGCUCUAACCAGUUCGGACAAGCCACUGACCUUUUCUGGACCUCAGUUUCUUCAAUUGUAACAUGUGCCUUUACAAAAGAAUUUGCAAAAGGUCUCUUCCAACUCUAAAACUCUACAAAAAGCAUUGAAAGGCCCUGGGUUUUCUUUUACAACAAUAAUGUAACAAUUUGUUGAUCCCUGAAAGAACUAUUGCGCCUUUCUCUAUAUGAAACAUAUUCUGUUGUCCACAAUCUCAUGGACUGAAGUUAUUCUACAGAUGCCAUUGUGUCUAAUAUUAAGCACUAUUACUAAAAGGAUAAUAUUAAACAUUGCAAUUUUAAAGCAAAACUAAUUGAAGUUUUUGUAAAUAAAUUUUUGACAGAAAAAACCACUUAGCAAGAUGGUGCAUUGAAUUUUUUAAAUUUUUUUAAAGCAUUCCUGUUCCUGAGUUUU